AUGGCUCACAGUAGCGACAUCUUACUGAAUGUUACCAGCUCAUAUCACUCGAGAUAUGACGCCACUUUGCCCGAACAUUAUGCUUCACAGCAGGAUCAAAAUGAGUGGUCGCAAUUCCUGCCUUCAGCCCAUCAAACACCUGAUCAACGAAAGUCCUGGCCAGCAGCUCAUGCCACCUACGUGCAUCCCAAUGACCAGAAUCUGACAGGAAAAUUCAACAUCCACGCCGUCUACGCGGACGAUUCUGUGGGAAAUAGAUCUACCAGAAUCCUGGGCCUUCGGUGGCAGACAUUUUUCAUAUUUCUGAUAUUAUUAGUGCUGGUUGUAUUGGCCGCGGUCCUCGGAGGUAUAUUCGGCAGUAGAGCUGCCACCUCAAGAUCUACGGCUACAGCUUCGCCAACAGCCGCUAUCGUGGUGGACAGAGGUGCUCUAAAGUUUCCUAGCUUGGCUGUCACUCAUACUGGCAACAAUACGCAUAUGUUCUCACUGCGGAGCGAUAACAACAGUAUCGCCCAUUACGUCUUGGCCCAGUCAACCUGGACUGUACACGGAGCCCUCAAUCUCUCCAACUUACCGGCUACCACGACAUCAUUGACAGCCAUCUCAUGGAGAUAUUCGAAUGCUGAUGAGAUUCGACUUUAUUAUAUAGAUGAAGAUAGUCAGAUCAUCGAAUUGACUGGCCGAUGCACAAGCGCCACUGCAUGUGAGUGGCUCGGCCGCAGAGUGAUACAAAGCUCGGAUGUUUCAAAAACUGCUGGAUUGACUGCCGUGCACUGGGGAAAUGCAUCCAGUGCGGAUGGAGAUCAAAUUCGUCUUUAUUUCGGAAGUAAGAAGAACUCGCUUUAUGAGCAAGCCUAUAGUACAGUGCUGGGAGGUUGGGCGAAUGCAACUCUAUUGAAAGCUACCAUCAGCGAGGGAACAGGGCUUUCUAGUGUGGUGCCGAUCGAUGUCGAUAAUCCUUUGCAACGCGUCUUCUCGAUCGAUGAAAGUGGGGAUAUGGGUUGCCUUGUGGGAGAAGAGGAACUCACGAGCUACGACGUCGAGUUCAGUGAGGAGUACAACCUAACACGACCCUCCAGCUUCGCGUCUUGCCUACAUUGGAACACCGAGGAAUCUGACUUGUUCGUUUCAGUGAAGCAAAUCUCGGAAAGUGGUGAAGUUGUGGAAGCCUACCGAGGCGCGGCCGAAACCGGUGCAUAUUACACAAAGCCAAUGAGCGAUUGCCCCCACGGCGACAGUCCCGGUGGUGCCAUUGCUGCAGUCGGCUACCUCGAUGAUGUUUAUGGAACGAGCCAGAUGUUUGUCUACGACGUUGGAGGUGCCGUCACUGAGUGCUGGUGGCAUGAUGUCGCAACUGAUUCGACCACGGAAUGGAAAUGGACCAGCACCCUCAUUCAUACAUAA